AAAAUAAAAACAUCCGUUUUUUCUGUAUUGCAAAAGAUCGAAGCUUCGGUUCGUCUUCGGUAAUUGUAAUCCUUCUUCGCGAUCUAGAUUGCUCAGUUGUUGUCCAUGAAAACUAGCAUCCCUCUUACUUUUUCUUAGUCUUAAUAUUUUCUUGCCAAUUUGCCUACUCCAUUCACUUUGUUUUCAAAGAAGUCAGUCCAAAAGGGGGCUUCAGUUCAUCUGUGCAUUUUUGGCUUGCGAUUAAUUAAGUUGUUUUGAGCAGUCAUGGCACAUAAUUUGAAAUGUUUUCUAUCAAUAGUAGGUCGGUUAUUGUAAGUUGUUUUAUGAUGUUCUUAUUGUUUUUCUGCCUUAUGCUUCUUUAAGUGAGCCAUUAGAAGGUAACUGAAAAUGCGAUCUAUAUGUAAUAGCUAUGAGUAAACUAUCAUAAAAGGCUUCUAUUGAAGCAUUGUGUAUAAAUUUUCAUUGACUAACUUUAUGGUUAUAAAAUUAAUUUGCUGCAAAUUGGCGAAGAUGAACAGCAGUCGUGCGGUAAUGUGUAAAACAUCGUCUCCGUCGUCGAAGUUUCUGAUUGAAGAGAAAAUCGACGAAUACAGGCAAAAGAUUUACUCCAUUAUCCACGAUGAUAGAACAGUAAAAAGUGUAUAUAAACAAUCAUUCCAGCCGAACAGAAACUCGGACUUUUACUCGACUCUUAUAAACCGAGACCGGCUAAAAAAUCAGAAUCAGAAUCGAAACCGGAAUCAUAAUCACAACCAGGAGAAUCACCAGGACCUGCAGACGUCUGUAGCUGGCGCUUCCGCAAUGAAUGUUUUUUCGUGGCAGCCAUAUUUCACUUCCCAAAAGGCGCUUCUCACAAAAUGCAACGGACCAACUGAGGAAGCUUUAAAAACGGCAAGGGAUCCAGCGGAAGAGUUGCAAAGGAACAAACAGUCUUUUUCUCAAGGAGGAGCUGCAACUGAUCCACUAGGUCUAAAUAAGAAGAAGCACAUUUUGAGCGCGCCUCCUUCAAACUCGAAAACGAACUCUAGCAACCCCGUUCCGAGAAUAGAUUGGGCUAGUCCUAUAGUUGCAAGUUUAAACAGAGCUUCCAGAACAGAAUCUGAUUGGCUCAAGUCUUUUGAAACCUUGCAGACAAAGAGAUCUAUUUUUGUCAACGGAGGAGUGACUCCUAGACCGGAAUGGGAAGAGACAGUGCAAACUCCACCGAAUCAUGUUGGAAAAUUUCAUCGACAUUUUUGCUCCCCUGUAGACGAAUCAUCAUCCGAGCCGGCUAAACUCAUCCGUCAUUACAGCAUUUACAUGCCGGAGAUUGAAAUUGACGAUGGAAAAAUUAGCAUUAAAAGUCGAACCAAUUCGCCAAUAGAAUUAGACAAUGAAUCGGUAGAGCAGCAAUCAAAUUAUGAAUACGAUAACAAAAUAGUGGAAAAUGCUGGUGAAACAAAUAUAAUCGAAACAGAAAACGAGCUAAUGACGAAUAGAAAUGAAUUAAUACCUCGAACAUCCGAAGGAGUUUCGAUCACGAAGUCGUAUGUUACCACAUUUCAUAGCUUUGAAUUUGGCCAUGCUCUUUAUCACGCUGUCAUACACACAGCUUUCGUGCAAUCCGAAUCAGGGUCGCGAUCUAAUGAUUUCACGGUCUCAAGUUCCAAUCGAGGCGCAAUCACGCUCCGAAUUGUACCUGCGCCACUUAUACUGAACGAAGACAGAGAAAUAAAGUUGCCUCCAAUUUCACCAGCGAACAAACGAGUGUUGUUUUCAGAUCAACUUGAGACUGUGCGCAUCAUUCCAGGGCGACAACCGCGCAAAACGAAAACGAAAAAAUCUUCCAAGAAAAGAUGAAACCAAGUUGUUUUUGAUUUUUUUUAAAUGAAUUUUAGCUUUAAAUGUAAUUAUUCUGAAACUCAGUCGUUUGUACAUAUAAUAGCGAUAGAUUUUAAUUGAAGUAGAAAAUAUCACCAGCGGAGCGUAGUAAUAAACUGUAAAACCACA